CCUCGCCGCGCCGCCGGCGAAACCGCCUUGGUAAGAGAUCAGCGUGGGCGGCAUGGACGACCCCUUGCCGCGCGGCGUAGGGUGCGCGGCGGAGCUGCCCCGCAUCCGGCGGCUGGAGGAGUCGGUGGUGAACCGCAUCGCGGCGGGGGAGGUGAUCCAGCGGCCGUCGUCGGCGGUGAAGGAGCUCAUCGAGAACAGCCUCGACGCUGGCGCCUCCAGCGUCUCCGUCGCAGUGAAGGACGGUGGCCUCAAGCUCAUCCAGGUCUCCGACGAUGGCCACGGCAUUCGGUUCGAGGAUUUGCCAAUACUAUGCGAAAGGCAUACGACCUCAAAGUUGUCUGCAUAUGAGGAUCUGCAGACCAUAAAAUCGAUGGGGUUCAGAGGGGAGGCUUUGGCUAGUAUGACUUAUGUUGGACAUGUUACUGUGACAACAAUAACAGAAGGCCAAUUGCACGGCUACAGAGUUUCUUAUAGAGAUGGUGUAAUGGAGAAUGAGCCUAAGCCUUGUGCUGCGGUGAAAGGAACUCAAGUCAUGGUUGAAAAUCUAUUUUACAACAUGAUAGCCCGCAGAAAAACAUUGCAGAACUCCAACGAUGACUACCCCAAGAUUGUUGACUUCAUCAGUCGGUUUGCAGUCCAUCACAUCAACGUGACCUUCUCUUGCAGAAAGCAUGGAGCCAAUAGAGCAGAUGUUCACAGUUCAAGUACAUCCUCAAGGUUAGAUGCUAUCAGGAAUGUCUAUGGGGCUUCUGUCGUUCGCGAUCUGAUGGAAAUAAAGAUUUCGGAUGAGGAUGCUGCAGAUGCAAUCUUUAAGAUGGAUGGUUACAUCUCGAAUGCAAAUUAUGUGGCAAAGAAGAUUACGAUGAUUCUUUUCAUAAAUGAUAGGCUUGUAGACUGCACUGCUUUGAAAAGAGCUAUUGAGUUUGUGUACUCUGCAACAUUGCCUCAAGCAUCCAAGCCCUUCAUAUACAUGUCCAUCAAUCUUCCAUCAGAACAUGUGGAUGUUAAUAUACACCCAACCAAGAAAGAGGUUAGCCUCUUGAAUCAAGAGCGUAUUAUUGAAACAAUAAAAGAUGCUAUUGAGGAAAAACUGAUGAAUUCUAAUACAACUAGGAUAUUUCAAACUCAGGCAUUAAACUUAUCAGGGAUUGCUCAAACCAACACACAAAAGGAUAAGGCUUCUGACGUCAUCAUGGGUUCUGGAACAAAAUCUCAAAAAAUUCCUGUGAGCCAAAUGGUCAGAACAGAUCCACGGAAUCCAUCUGGAAGGUUGCACACCUACUGGCAUGCGCAGUCUUCAAAUCUUGAAAAGAAGUCUGACCUUGUUUCUGUAAGAAAUGUUGUAAGAUCAAGGAGAAACCCAAAAGAUGCUGGUGAUUUGUCAAGCCGUCAUGAGCUUCUUGUGGAAAUAGAUUCUAGUUUCCAUCCUGGCCUUUUGGACAUUGUUAAGAAUUGCACAUAUGUUGGACUUGCGGAUGAAGCCUUUGCUUUGAUACAACACAAUACCCGCUUAUACCUUGUAAAUGUGGUAAAUAUUAGCAAAGAACUUAUGUACCAGCAAGCUUUAAGCCGUUUUGGGAACUUCAAUGCUAUUCAGCUCAGUGAACCACCUCCACUUCGGGAGUUGCUGGUGAUGGCACUGAAAGAUGAUGAAUUGAUGAGUGAUGAAAAGGAUGAUGAGAAACUGGAGAUUGCAGAGGUGAACACUGAGAUACUAAAAGAAAAUGCUGAGAUGGUUAAUGAGUACUUUUCUAUUCACAUUGAUCACGAUGGCAAAUUGACAAGACUUCCUGUUGUACUUGACCAGUAUACCCCUGAUAUGGACCGUCUUCCAGAAUUUAUGUUGACUUUAGGAAAUGAUGUUACUUGGGAUGACGAGAAAGAGUGCUUCAGAACAGUAGCUGCUGCUAUUGGAAACUUCUAUGCACUUCAUCCUCCGAUCCUUCCAAAUCCAUCUGGGAAUGGCAUUCAUUUAUACAAGAAAAAUAGAGAUCGCAUGGCUGAUGAACAUGCUGAGAGUGCUCUAACAUCAGAUGAAAAUGACUUUGAUCAAGAACUACUUGCGGAAGCAGAAGCAGCAUGGUCCCAACGCGAGUGGACCAUUCAGCAUGUCUUGUUUCCGUCCAUGCGACUUUUCCUCAAGCCCCCAAAGUCGAUGGCGACAGAUGGAACAUUUGUGCAGGUUGCUUCCCUGGAUAAACUCUACAAGAUUUUUGAAAGGUGUUAGCUCCUAAGUGACAAGAUGAAGGCAGAGUAAGAUCUUGCUGGAAUGUUCUUUGAAAUGUGUAUAUAAAAAUAAUGUCAUCGUAUUAUGUACACUGAUAGUGUCUGUAAAAAUAUGAAGAGAAGGUUUUACUUCUGAAUUGAAAGUUAGGGCGAUCAAUUGUAUAUUCUGGUC